AUGAAGGAUGAGAUACAGCAGAUAAUUGAUAGCGGUAAUAGACCAACCAAGCGGCAAAUGCUAAAAUGUUUAUUGGGAAUAUUUGACCCCUUGGGAUUCCUUAGCGUAUUCCUCGUACAAGGGAAGAUAUUACUGCAGGAUACGUGGCGUGCUGGAUUGAAAUGGGACGAAAAGGUGCCAGAAGACAUAUUUGAACGAUGGAUCAAGUGGACUGGAAUAUUCCUCAGCAUUAGUACCAUAAGGAUUCCUCGAUGCUAUUUCUUGAAUGCGACCAAGCAAACCUAUGACAAACUUCAACUCCACAUUUUCGUUGAUGCGAGUGAAGCCGCAUUCGCUGCUGUAGCUUACUUUAGAAUAGAAGAUGCGGAAGGUAAUGUCAAAUGUACAAUAGUUGCCGCUAAGACGAAGGUCGCACCACUUAAACCACUUUCAAUUCCACGCCUAGAGCUACAAGCAGCAGUUCUUGGAAGUCGCUUGAUGUCCUUUGUACAAGAAGGUCACAGCAUCGAAGUGAAACAACGAUUUCUCUGGAGUGAUUCCGCGACAGUUUUGGCAUGGUUGCGAGCAGAUCACCGUCGCUACAAGCAAUACGUAGCCUGUCGAAUUGGUGAGCUUUUAACAACAACGGACGUCGCAGAUUGGCGAUGGGUUCCCAGUAAACUCAACCCAGCGGAUGCAGCGACGAAAUGGGGAAAGAGCCUGUGCCCCGAAGUCGAGGGUGAAUGGUUCAGAGGUCCGCAAUUUCUACGUCUGUCCGAAAAAGAGUGGCCAAAGCAGACUAAGUCAUUGGAUCAACGGGAAGAGGAAUCGUGUUUUGUGGUUCAAAGUUCAGCAAUUCCAGCUGCCGUAGUGGACUUCACUAGGUUUUCGAAGUGGCGUCGAUUGUUAGGGACAGUCGUUUACGUGCAUCGGUUUAUAGAUAAUUGCAGGCGCAAAAGUCGAAAGGAAAGAACAGAUGUGUCUUAUUUAAGCCAAGACGAAUUGAUAAAAGCGAAGAAUACACUAAUACGAAUGGUUCAGUGGGAAGAGUAUCCUGAUGAAAUGGACUUGCUGUCACGAAGUCAAAUGGAGCUACACAGAACGAGUGCCUUAUACCAGUUAACGCCCGUAAUAGAUGAAUAUAAGGUUAUGCGGGUCGGUGGAAGAACCGGAGCUGCACCACAUACUAAGUUCGAUGUCAAGUUUCCGAUAAUACUCCCGAAGAAACAUCCAGUAACCAAGAUGGUUGUUGAUGAAUUUCACCGAAUCUUUCGUCACGGGAACUCGGAAACAGUGGUGAACGAAAUUCGUCAGUUCUACCAUAUUGCUCAACUGAGGACGAUCGUGAAACAAGUAGCCGCAGCAUGUCAAUGGUGUAAAAUUGUGAAAGCGACACCUAAAGUACCGCAGAUGGCACCACUUCCUGUUGCUCGUCUAUCGUUAUUCACCCGACCAUUUACGUACGUCGGUAUUGAUCUGUUCGGUCCCUUGUUAGUGAAAGUAGGUCGAAGUACGGCAAAACGUUGGAUAUGUUUGUUCACCUGUUUAACUACUCGCGCCGUCCAUGUAGAGGUUGCCUACAAUCUGUCUACAUCAUCAUGCGUAAAGUGCAUUCGUCGUUUUGUCGGUCGUCGUGGUGCGUCAGCCGAGAUUUAUACCGAUAACGGCACCAAUUUUCAAGGCGCUGAGAAUUUGUUACGAAAGCAGAUUAAUGAAAUACACAACGAACUUGCAUCAACUUUCACCAACACAGAUACUAAAUGGAUCUUUAUACCACCAGGAGCACCUCACAUGGGUGACGCGUGGGAAAGAAUGGUUCGAUCGAUAAAAUCGGCCAUGCAGGUUGCGUAUAACAACGAUCGGAAGCUAGAUGAUGAAGGGCUAGAAACGUUGAUUGUGGAAGCCGAGAGUAUUGUGAACAGUCGACCGCUAACGUAUCUACCUUUAGACGCCGAUGAAGGGGAAGCACUUACGCCGAAUCAUUUUUUGAUGGGAAACUCAAGAGGUGUUCGUCAGCCAACUGUACCGUUCAGUGAUCCAGUAUCUGCGGUUAAAAACUCCUGGAACCAGAUUCAGUACCAAUUAGAUGUUUUCUGGAAGAGAUGGAUCCGGGAAUACCUCCCAAUGUUGACAAGACGGAUGAAAUGGUUUGGUGAAGUGAAACCAGUAGCUGAAGGGGAUCUAGUCUUAAUUGUCGAUGAUACUCAUAGAAAUGGUUGGAUACGUGGACGUGUUAAGGAAGUUGUUACGGCGAAGGAUGGUAAAGUUCGACAAGCCAUUGUACAAACUGCCAGGGGGAUGUUGAGAAGACCAGUAUCGAAGUUGGCUGUAUUGGAGGUUGAGUAUGAAAGUAAAACUGGGACCGAUGGCCAGUGUUACGGGGGGAGAAUGUUGCCGCUGGGUGCACUGUUCCAAGUAUGCGUUCCAAAUGGUCACCCUAAAUCAACUUGA